CAUGACUAGGCUCAAUCUGAACUGCAACUUGCAUGGGCUUGUUAGUAAUAGACUCCGCGUACGUAUCUGAUCCUUCAUUCAAAUAUUUAAGAUCGACUAAGUACGAUCGGCCCAUACAAAAACAACCUAACCUCAAGUUUGAAAGCAUCUCAAUAGGGGAGUAUUUCUAAACCUGGCAUCCCCACAGGUAAUCAUGGCGGACAGCGCAAGCGAGAGUGAUACUGAUGGGGCGAGCAGCAGUUCAUCUGUCCCUCGAUGUACAUCCUCUUCGUCCUCUACCAAACCAAGCAUUGUCAUCUCUUCCUUUCGUUUAGAGGAACUAACAAACCGACUUGCCUCUCUUCAACAAGAAAACAAAGUGCUGAAAAUCGAGCUUGAAACAUUCAGGCUUAAAUGCAGAGCCCUACAGGAGGAGAACAGGGACCUGCGAGAAGCAAGCGUCACUAUUCAAGCACGAGCAGAGCAAGAGGAAGAGUUCAUCAGUAACACCUUGUUUAAGAAAAUCCAAGCUCUUCAGAAGGAGAAAGAGACACUCGCUGUCAAUUAUGAGAAGGAAGAGGAGUUCCUCACCAAUGAACUAUCCAGGAAACUUGUGCAGUUGCAGCAUGAGAAGGUUGAGCUGGAGCAGCAGCUGGAACAGGAGCAGGAGUUCCAGGUCAACAAGCUGAUGAAGAAGAUCAAGAAGAUGGAGAACGACACCAUCUCCAAACAGCUCACCCUGGAACAGCUGCGGAGGGAGAAGAUAGACCUGGAGAACACUCUAGAACAGGAGCAGGAGGCGCUGGUCAACCGCCUGUGGAAGAAGAUGGACAAGCUGGAGGCAGAGAAGAGAAUUCUCCAGGAGAAACUUGACCAACCCCUGUCCGCUCCACCGUCUCCAAAGGGUAUCGCCAUGGACAUCGACUCUCCAGAGAACAUGAUGCGCCACAUUCGGUUCCUGAAGAACGAGGUGGAACGGCUGAAGAAGAACCUUCGCAGCGCUGCACUGCAACACACAGAGAAGCGGGCCCAGUACAUUGAGGAGGAGCGUCACAUGCGAGAGGAGAAUGUUCGUCUUCAGAGGAAGCUGCAGAGAGAGAUGGAGAGACGGGAAGCCCUCUGCAGACAACUGUCUGAGAGUGAAUCCAGCCUGGAGAUGGAUGAUGAGAGGUACUUCAAUGAGAUGUCCGCUCAGGGCCUUCGCCCCCGGACUGUGUCCAGUCCCAUCCCUUACCCCCCCUCCCCCAGCACCAGCAGACCCAUCUCCCCAGCAGGUCUGUCAUACCCCAGUCACACUGUGGGCUUCACCCCUCCUAGCACCCUGACCAGAGCUGCCAUGUCCUCCUUUUACAACACACCUGCUCUGCACGGCCAUGUGGGGGGAACACAUUCCGUCCCAAGACCCUCCCCACGAAGGAGCAACAGUCCAGACAAGUUCAAGAGACCCACGCCCCCUCCCUCCCCCAACACCCAGCCAGGCCUACCUGCCCCACACCCUCCACCAGCUCAUCACUCACCUGGCCAGUCCACAUCCUCACAGGCAUCUACAUCCCAGCAUGCUUUGCACCAGCACCAGUCAUAAUGCACGAGCUCUGAUGUAGAAGCAGCGGACUAAGACCAGUGUCACAGAAGCUGUGGUUUCUGGGAUGGUUUUGGUGAUUCUGCUGAGUGUUCUGUGAGGACAACACUCACCUGCACUGACGUCAUCUCUGCUUAUGCCAUUACGGACCCUCAUCCUAAUUUCAUUUUCAGUUUUACAGUCAUUUCUUUAGCGUAAUAGGCGUGCAGUGUGUUCGCUGUUGAAAUGUUGAUAUGCUGCUGGGUAGUGUGUUCUUAAGGGUUUGUGUUUUGUGUGUUUUUGACAUUACUGUCAACAUGCUUGUGGAGUCUGUAUCUCACUCCAAAAGUGGUCUUAAACACCGUAGUUCAUAUAGGAUUAAGUGUUUAUUAAGGUAGUGUAUUUUGAACAAGGGUCUGGCAAUUCUUCUAAAGAUAAUCGCAUUGCAGAUGCAUCCACACAUUAAAUUCACACUGCUGCGUUUUGAGAUGUUGACAAUAUCUAACAGAAGGGUGACGCUAUUGCUAUAAAUAACAGUUUUAGCAAGUAAUCCCAAAUGACAGAAUAUUAUAAAGUGACGUGUCAUUAGGUUUUUGCCAGCUUUGAACAAAUAAAUUCCGUAAAACGUUCAUUUAAAGACUUAAAUGUAAUGAUAAGGAACACUGGCCUGACAUUUUGCAAGGCCAUGAGUUUGUACGUGGAGCUAGUAACUAGGACAUGCCAACAGGAUGCACACAAAGUUGUUAGUGGUGUCCUUUGACAUGUUAAAAUGUUAAAAAGCAGGCAUGAUUUUCCG